AUUCCCUCGAUCUUCGAUCAACAGAACGGCAUGAAGUCCACUGUUCGAGCGGCCAUAUGGUUGGCAGUUGGAUGCAUGGCUCUGCCGCCGCAAUUGCAGGCCGAUCCGAUGAGUAGCGGGAAGAUGAAAUAUCGGCGUGCGAAGGCGCCAUCGUACUUCAACGAAGAGGAGACGAGCAGUUCGAUGAUUGCGUCUAGCAGCAACGGCGGCGUCGACGAGAACAGCAUAGGCCCCACUACUAUUGGCAACGUUGCAAAAAUCAGCAAUGGCGGCAAGAGCCAUGUCGAUUCCAUUAUAACGAAUCCUAUACCUCCUCGGGGAAUUGCCGCAACGAUUAACAGCGGCUCGAUCACGACGCUCUUGUCCUCCUCCUCCUCCUCCUCGUCCUUGCCGUCGACGGUGACGACAUCAUUGUUUACAUCGACGUCCGCUGCGCCAAUGUCAUUGUCGACGAGUCACGGCCCGUCUUCUUCCGCCGAGCUCGCGUCCCCGACGGGCGGCGGUUUGUUGUCAUCCGCGUCGACCUUGUCGACCGCGGAAGCGAGGACAGAGUUGGGCGCACCGUCGACGGGCAACCGUGGCGCGACAAGCACAACGACCGCGAGAACGACGACGACGGCUAGGAUAUCGACAAUGGCGAUAAAUACAAGCAGCUCGAAUUUGACCACGUUCCCCACCGAGGCCUCCUCGAGAACGAUCGCCUCGAAUCGGGACGCGAGCACCUUUUUACCAUCCUCGAAGAAAUCGACGACCAGCUUUAACGAAAUCACCACCACUCCCGCCUCGACCUCGUCGAAGGAGAUGCGAGAAUCCACGGGCAAGAUCCGGCCCCAGAUCAAAUUGACGAUGAACUACACGAAUCUUGGCGAGACUGGGGUACGACUACCGGAGGGUGCAAGCGCAGCUCUUGCAAAACCAACCAAGUACCACUACUAUCCGCACAAUCAGCAUAUCUACUUGUUACCAGAGUGCGCGGUACAGCAGGUUUGCAAUGCCGUUUACGUUAGGCUGAACUUUACUCAGCCUCUGUGCGCUUGCCCAGGAAGAUACCGCGAUCCUUGCAGCGCCUCGCUCGACAGCGACGAUCUCCACACUACCGAGCUGGUCACCGACCCACGAACCAAGGCUCUAACAUUGGUGAAAACGUGUGAACCGGUGGCGGAAAUGCGCGAGUGCAGAAUACCAAGAGACUGGUCUCUCCUCGCGCUACAAAACGUGCGAACAGGGAAAUCUCAUUAUCUCGUGAUAUGUCGCUGUCCCGACGCCAAUAUAUUGGAGGGUCCUAUGAGUCACGAUCAGCCAACGUACGCGAGUGUGCCAGGAAUUCGUGUUUAUGGGAUGAUGUGCGUGCAAGGAAAUCGAAAAGGGCGGCCAUUAAGAUAUAAGCGCAGCGUUUCAGAUGAUUUCCAUCGAGAGAUCGACGAGGAGUCUGCCGCGUACAGAGAAGAGACGAGCGAACGAUUGAAGUUUCCAUGGUACAAAGUACGGCAACUAAUGGAUUCAAUUAUUUGGGAUUAGAUUCAUUAGCUAAACUUCC